AUGGAUUGCCACCAAGUCACCUCUCGCGCCCUCUACGAGGAAGACGAUGUCAUCAACCAUGUGAAUCAAGUCGAUGCAGAGAACGGCGAUGUGAAGACUGGCGCGGAUCUCGAAAAGCACCAAACCGCCGCAUCGACAGCCUCUUAUCAGGAGACAUACCCUGAGGGCGGCUUGCAGGCCUGGUCCGUGGUUGCUGGUUCGUGGUUCUCUCUAUUCGCUUCGCUAGGACUAAUGAACACUCUGGGUACCUUUCAGGCCUAUGUUCUCGACAACCAACUCACAGACUAUAGCGAGGGCACCGUUGGUUGGGUCUUUUCUAUUUACACCUUUCUCGCCUUCUUUUGCGGUGUCUAUAUUGGACCUGUAUUUGACAAGUACGGUCCCAGAUGGCUUGUCAUUGCAGGUGCGGCUUUCACUGUUGGUGGCAUGAUCUUUAUGAGUUUUGCUACUCAACUUUGGCACUUUGUAGUCGCCUUUGGUCUGCUCUGUGGUUUUGGGUCGUCGCUGCUUUUCACCCCUUCGAUCGCCGCCGUUGGACACUUUUUCAAGGCUCGACGUGGCCUGGCCACUGGUGUUGCAUCUACUGCCGGUGGAAUUGGUGGUAUCAUCUACCCCUUCCUGUUGACGCGGCUAAUCGAUAAGAUCGGUUAUGGAUGGGCAACUCGAGUUAUUGCUCUCAUCUGCCUUGUCUGCAGUUUGAUCGGUAUCAGCCUCCUCAAAUCUCGACUUCCUCCGGCCAAGGACGCAACCGCACACCCUAAUUUUCGAAUCUUUAAGAGCCUGCCUUUCCUUUUCACUACGAUCGGUGUCUUCUUACUCGAAUUCUCACUCUUCAUCCCUCUCGGCUUCAUCUCAACGUAUGCUCUGCAUAAGGGCUUUGGCAAGGAAUUUUCUUACAACCUCAUCCCUAUUCUCAAUGCUGGUUCAGUCAUCGGCCGAAUUCUUCCUGGCUACUAUGCCGAUGUCAUCGGUCCUUUCAACGUCAGCAUCCUUGCUGUCAUCCUGGCCAUCGUGGCCUGUUUUUGCGUUUGGCUCCCUCUCGGUGGAACGACAGCUGGUGUCAUCAUCUUCACCGUACUCUUCGGUUUCUCCUCUGGCACCAGUAUUGCGAUCGCCCCUGUCUGCAUUGGAAGACUGUGCAAGACACAAGAGUAUGGACGAUACUAUGCUACAGCAUACACAAUUGUGUCUUUCGCUUGUCUGAUUGGUAUUCCCAUUGGUGGCAGUACUGUUCAGGCUAAUGGAGGCGAGUACUGGGGACUCAUCAUCAUGACCGGCGCUAUCUACGUAGGAUCUAUGAUCUCACUCUUCUUGGCUAAGGUUACCCUUCUUGGAUGGAGCAACUGGAAGGCCGCCCUUUGA